GGUGCGCCGGUCACUUGACGCGGCUGCGGGCUGAAGAGACACAAGGGAAGUCGCGGUCGACGCCGUCGGGACCUCCGCCACCUAAAGCUGCGGGACCCUCUUCCUCGCCGCCUGCUCCCAGCCUCGCGCGCCAUGCCGUCGGAGAAGACCUUCAAGCAGCGCCGCACCUUCGAACAAAGAGUAGAAGAUGUCCGGCUUAUCCGAGAGCAACAUCCGACCAAAAUCCCGGUGAUAAUAGAACGAUACAAGGGUGAGAAGCAGCUUCCUGUCCUGGAUAAAACCAAGUUUCUUGUACCUGAUCAUGUCAACAUGAGUGAACUCAUCAAGAUAAUUAGAAGGCGCUUACAGCUCAACGCUAAUCAAGCCUUCUUCCUGUUGGUGAAUGGGCACAGCAUGGUGAGUGUGUCCACACCGAUAUCGGAAGUGUAUGAAAGUGAGAAGGAUGAAGAUGGAUUCCUGUAUAUGGUAUACGCCUCUCAGGAGACAUUUGGAAUGAAAUUGUCACUGUAAGACUAGAAAAAUGCAUCUGUUCUAGAAUUUUUUAAACCCUUACCAACGGGGAAAAAAGGAGUGUUACCAACUGAGAUUGGAUCUGUUCACCUAAAUCACAGAUCAUCAAAAUAGUAGUGUCUGGCCUAGGAGUUUUAGAAAGUUGUUUUUGUACUUUAAGCAGAAAAACUGAGCUCCAAGUGAGCACAUUCAGCUUUGGAAAACUAUAUUAUUUAACCUAGGCUGUCUUGUUUCAAAGUUUAAAAAUAAAAUACUUUGCAUUCUAACUUACCAAUAAGAUAGAUCUUCAAGUUAUUUUAAUGUUCUUUCCCCAAAAGGAACUUGCAUUUUGAGCAUUCAGAGACAGUAAGUCAGAACCUGCCAACUCCAACUAGAGAAAUCUCAAGCAUAGCCCCCCAAACACAUUUGCCAUAAUACAGGCUAAAUGGAGGUGUAUAAGAAAAUGGUGAACUGCUGUUAAAGGUUCCUGAUUCCUAUCAAGUAUAUCCAAGGCAACGCUCUUGCAGUGUUAGGAAGUUCUUGUUUGUUCUCCAGACAGUAACAUACAUGAUGACACCACUGCUCAGGGGGAACCUUGAAUAAUUUAUUUUGGUCAAGUUUCUCAAAAGGCCCAGAGGAAAAAAGUGACAUUUCUUCUGUUUUGGAUAUUCUCUGAUCACAGAGCUCAAAAUAGUGCCUGCUUUGGUAAAUAAACAAGCACUUGUAUCAGUUUCAUUCUUUAGGACAGUGGUAGAAACUACAGAAUCCUGCAGAUGAUCCAUGUUUUAUGUUAAGUGUGUGACUAAAAUAUGUUGUUAAAAAGUUACCACAUUUUUUAAAGAGUAUUUCAGUCAUCACUGUUAGGUCAAACCACCAUUUGAAAUUCCCCCACUCUAAGCGCAUGUCAGUUGUGAAGAAAGCUGUAAGAGGAGAUAUAUUCUCUUCACAGAUAUUAAUGUCAAAAAGUUAAACAUUUCCCAAGUCCAAUCAGAAUAACCAAUACUUCCUACUACCUGCAUGAUUAUUUACUAUUUUCAUGGAAAUAUCACAAAAAGAUCACAGACCACUUUAUAUGUAGCAGGUCAUGAUUUGCCUUUGUGUAUUUAGAUGUGUAUGGAAUACUUGUAUCAGUUAGUGGGAAUUAUUUACUAUAAUGUUGGGAUUAGGCAAUAUUACUGCGUAUGGGCUCUCACCCCCCCCAACCUCCUAUCACCUACCCCUACUGCUGCAUGCGUCUGUCUACAUGGCUAACUUUUAAUAUGUAUAUUUUUACAUUAUGUACAUUCUUAAUCGGCCUGUCUUGUUUAGAUUGUAUGUCACUAUAUCUGACAUUCUUGUAACUACUGUGUGAUCGGUAAGAUUCCUAUAAGAAAUUCUGCUUUUUAAAAAACAAUACCAUGCUGAGAGGGGUGACAUAUCCCACGUUAGUGGGUAGUCACUCUGUAUUUAUAGGAUCUUUAAAACAAGUACAUUUUUAAAUGAACUAAGGUGAAUAAAAGGCACAACUAAAAACUGUCAUUAAAGCUCAAUUUAAUGGAUCAGUGUUUGAGACCUGCAGUCCUGCAUACUGUCUGUACUAGCCAAAGCCAAACAAUACCCUUCCUAACAAGCAGCAUCCAGGCUGGUUUUGCUGUGCUGGGGGAGCAGGUGGGGAGAGUGACACCUCUGAAGGCCUCCUGUCAGGGGCAUCAUCUUCACUGUGGUCAAGGCUCUGCCGCCUGGUCUUGUCCUUACAAAACUGUACUGAGAACUUACAUGCCACAGAGGAGGAUGGAUGGGUGUGGGAUGUAGGUUUUCUGUGGGAAUACACACUUGAAGACAUAUUGCUCUGAAUGAACAAAGUAAAAUAAACACAAAGGUAUAGAGUGUGUACUAGUAUGUGCAGUUAGGAAGGCAGGACUCAUGGUACCUUAGUUUACUAGGGAGCCGCAUCAGGUAAAGAUAUAAUGCAAACAACCAGGCAGGUAGUGGCCAGUGUUACUGAUUUGGAAAACUCUGGACCUGGACCCAGUUCAAGUUCAAGUAGGCCCUGCAGUGUUUGUAGAAGAAAAUACUCUGCUUCCCUGAGUUUCUUGUUCAGCAGAUGUGUACAUGUCCCGCAUCUCCAGAGGGAGAGCAAGUGCUCCAUUUUGGGCUGCCAGCUGUGUCUCAUGUUACUUACCUAACAGUAGCCUGAAAAAACCAAGAGGCCUUACGGACCUUUAUG